AUGGCAAAGGUACACCCCAACGUGGUCGUUCGAGAGUCGCCGGCUGGAGCCGUCGUCGAGGAGGAGCAGCAGCAGCCCACGGUGCUGACGGUGUGGCGCAAGUCGCUGCUCUUCAACUGCGACGGCUUCACCGUCUUCGACUCCACCGGCGGCCUCGCCUUCCGGGUCGACCGCUACGGUUCCUCCUCCAGAAGCCGCCGCCGUGCUGAGGAUGUUGUUCUUAUGGACGCCGCCGGGAAGCCUCUCCUCACCGUACGUCGCAAGAUCAAGCUGAGCCUGAGCCUUGCGGAGCAUUGGGUGCUAUACGAGGGCGACGCAGGCGCCGCGGGCACGAAGCCGCUUCUCUCCGUGCGCCGCCACCACGUCGGCCUCCACCGCCGAGCGUCCGACAAGACGCUCGCGCACAUCACGCCUCUGGGAUCCUCCUCGUCGUCGUAUGCCGAGGCGGUGGCGUACGUGGUGGAUGGAUCGUACGGCCGGCGGAGCUGCGCGGUUCGGGACGCUCGCGGGGGCGCCUCGGCGGCGGAGGUGCAGCGGAAGGAGUCGGUGGGGGACGACGUGUUCCGGCUGGUGGUGGCGGACCACCGUAUGGGCGCAGCGCUGUCCAUGGGCGUCGUCAUCGCCCUGGACCAGAUGUUCGGCGGCGCCUCGCCGCGGACGUCGCUGCUGCCCAGAAGCUGGACGGCGUAGGACAGCAGGAGUAGUAGCUGACUAGCUGGUGAUUAAAAUCAUGGAUCUUCGCAAGGGGAAAGCUACUGGCCCCACGUGUCGGUGUGAGCACAGUUUUAGGUGCCCUGCCCUCA